UUGCGAUGUGUUUGUCAGUGCGUUACAAAAUAAACAGCAGACUCACCUAUGUUUAUAUAUCUUGUUUUUGUUGUGGUCCGAUAAGAUACAGUAUGAUAGCGUGUCCUUAAUUUCGUGUUAAGUGAAGUGUUUCUUGCGAUAUAUCCGUAAAUUAAGGCAAACAGGCGUUAACAUGGGAUCGGGCCGCUCAGAUGAUGUUACGAGAGUGACACAAUUGGAUGCUGUGGACCUUGACAAAGAAAUUGCAGCUGUAAUGAAAAAUCAGAUCUUGACAGUGACAAAGUUUAUGAAGGUUGGAUUCCUUGGCCGAUGGGAACCAGAAAUUGAGGCCGCUCUUAGCUACAUAAUUUGGAAGCUAUCUGUUGAGAAGAAUCACACUACUUUUGGUAUGCAAUUAUUGGGAACAAGAUUUGCUGGUCAACCUAACAGACAGCGAUUGGUAAUGUUGGCCGUAUUGACUAUUGGCUCACGUUACUUCAAGCAUCGCUGGCCAGAUAUUUCCAGGCAAUGGAAAUUGGGACCUCAGGCUCAGCGAGCAGUAGACUGGAUAGAGACAACAGUGUUGAUUCUGCAGUUCUUAAACUUACUGCUUUUCCUACACCAAGGUCGCUAUCCGACACUCACUUCACGCCUGCUGGGCCUUCAUGUUGAACCUGUUAGGGUGACUCGCAGGGUUGGAUACUCCUUCAUGGUCCGUGAGCUGCUGUGGCAUUCUUUUAGUGAGAUUUUAAACCUUGCACUGCCACUUAUUAACACUAUUACAAUACGCCAAUGGUUUAACUGGCUAAGAAGAAGUCGGGGUACAAGUGGAAGAUAUCAACAGCCAAUUGUCAACCCUGUUUUUACAACAACAACACGGUGUGCUGUUUGUAAUGAGCCUCCUAUUCAGCCACAAUGUAUUGGGUGCACUCACGUUUUCUGCUACUACUGUGUGCAGGCUAAUGUGCUUGCAGACCCACAGUUUGAGUGUCCACUCUGCGGUUUUUGUAGUGAUGGUACUGUCAGAAAUGUUCCACUGUAAUUGUGAUACACAGCAUAAAAUGUACAAAAAUGGAAAUAUUUUCCAAUAAAGCUUUUUCAAGUAUUGUAGACAGUAA